GUCAGACCUCAGCAGCCUGAACUCGAGAGGAACUGAGAGCCGAACAAAGACUAAGUGGUUUGUCCCCUCCGAGCCGCGAUGAGUCCAACGUGUCCUCCUCCGCGGGGACGCGCCGCUCCGCGAGCCGUUUCUCGGAUGUGUGAGGGGAUGAAUUAGCGUGAAAUGCAGCGGGGGGAGUGAAUGGGAGGAAGAGGAGGAGGCAGAAAUGCGUCUCUGGGGCAUCACCUGAGGUCUGAGGGUCGCAUCGCUGCUGCCGCCGGAGAUGGAGCCGCCGCAGACGGGGGACGGAUCUGUGCGCGGCCCCACGCUGAUCUGCGGGCUUUCCUUUGAGCUCAAGGACGGGGCCGUCUGACGGGGGCCAGGUGGAGAGGGAUGGAGCAUGCCGGUGAGCUCAAACCAACGCCUGUCGUCUACGGAGAGCUGUUGAACAUCACCAACUACACCCAGGGCAACCUCACGUCGAAGGAGGAGGAGAAGGACGGCAACCUGGCUCUCCAGUCGGGUCUGGCCGUGACCUUAACCCUCAUAACUUUGGCCACGACGCUUUCCAACGCGUUCGUCAUCGCCACCAUCUACAAAUCCCGCAAGCUGCACACCCCGGCCAACUUUCUGAUCGCCUCCCUGGCCCUCACGGACCUGCUGGUGUCCAUCUUGGUGAUGCCCAUCAGCGCGCUGUACACCGUCAGCCAGACGUGGACUUUGGGGCAGGUGAUGUGCGACAUCUGGCUGUCCUCGGACAUAACCUGCUGCACCGCGUCCAUCCUCCACCUGUGCGUAAUCGCGCUGGACCGCUACUGGGCCAUCACGGACGCGGUGGAGUACUCCAAGAAGCGCACGAUGGGGCGCGCCGCGGGCAUGAUCGCCACCGCUUGGGUGAUCGCCAUCUCCAUCUCCCUGCCGCCUUUCUUCUGGCGCCAGGUGAGGGCGGAGGAGGUGACGAGCUGCAACGUGAACACCGACCACAUCUUCUACACCAUCUACUCCACCUUCGGCGCCUUCUACAUCCCCACGCUGCUGCUCAUCGCCCUGUACGGGCGGAUUUACGUGGAAGCCCGGAAGCGCAUCCUGAAGCAGGCGCGCAACAAGCCCGGGAAGCGGCUCACGUCGGCGCACCUGAUCACCGACUCGCCCGGCUCCGUGGCGUCCACCACCUCGCUGCACUACGGGACGAACGACGCCUCCUCCUGCGACGCCGCGUCCUGCGCCAACGUCCACCAGGUCAAAGUCACGGUGUCCGACGCGCUGCUGGAGAAGAAGCGCAUCUCCGCCGCCAGAGAGAGGAGGGCCACCAAAACUUUGGGAAUAAUCCUGGGAGCCUACAUCAUCUGCUGGCUGCCGUUUUUCAUCUACACCCUCCUGGUGCCUGUGUGCGAGUCCUGCUUCCACCCGGAGCUCUUUGACAUGUUCACCUGGCUGGGUUACCUCAACUCCUUAAUCAACCCCAUCAUCUACACCAUGUCCAACGAGGACUUCAAGCAGGCUUUCCACAAACUAAUACAGUUCAGAUGCUUCAGGGCAUGAGCACCGACCCCCUCCCCCCCCCCCCCC